AUGUCGUUGUGCCGCUCAAAUCCAGACUUUGAUGCAGCAUUUUUUAUACUUAACUAUUAUAUUGAGCGUUUGGACAGGACAGCGUCUCCCUCCACGAGCAGUAUCGACUCUGCCAGCGAGCCACGGGAGCGUAUUGUUAAGGGAGAGAGUAUCCUACAGCGGGUCCAGUCUCUGCCAGGAAACGAGAUCUGCUGCGACUGUGGCCAGGCCGACCCUCGCUGGGCCAGCAUCAACCUCGGCAUUCUGCUCUGCAUCGAGUGCUCUGGCAUUCACAGGAGUUUGGGCGUCCACUGCUCUAAGGUUCGCUCUUUAACACUCGACACAUGGGAGCCAGAGCUUAUGAAGUUAAUGUGUGAGCUUGGCAACACUGUAAUCAACCAGAUUUAUGAAGGUGCGUGUGAGGAGCAGGGACUUAAGAAACCUGGUCCCAACAGCUCAAGGCAAGAGAAAGAAGCGUGGAUCAAAGCGAAAUAUGUGGAGAGGAAGUUUCUGAAGAAGAUGUGUGGUGCCGAGGCCCUGGUGGAGGGGAGCAGAAAAUCACACCACUGGAGCGUGAAGAAGUGCAGGAGACACAACAGCUCCAUCAGAGCCCCUAAAACCCGCCGGAAAUACAGGCACGAUGCCAGGAUCAUGUCGCCAGCCAAUCUCUCUGCUGCUGCGGCAGCUGCAAAGUUUCGGAGAGAAUCCUUGUUUUGUCCCGACGAGCUUGAUUCGCUCUUCUCUUACUUUGACACAGGCUCAGGGCCUCGCAGCCCCGCAGGUCUCAGCAGUGAUAGCGGGCUUGGCGGCAGUACUGACGGCAGCACAGACAUACUCGUUUUCGGCUCAGUGGUGGACAGCGUCACUGAGGAAGAGCGUGAGGACUCGGAUGAGUCCAGUGGGGAGGUUGAUAUCGAGCAGGAAGCAUCGGAUCCAGAGGACGGCAGGGAGCUUGACCCAAAGACGCUGCUUCAUAAGGCAUCACGGGCUAGGAACCUAUCGGUCAUGGCAGAGGCACUCGCGCACGGUGCAGAUGUCAACUCCGUCAGUGAGGAGGACGAAAGCAAGAGUCCAUUAAUACAAGCCGUCGCAGGGGGCUCUCUGAUUGCCUGUGAGUUCCUGCUGCAGAAUGGAGCAGAUGUCAAUCAGAGGGACGUACGAGGACGGGCACCUCUGCACCACGCCACGUGCCUGGGUCACACAGGACAGGUGUGUUUGUUCCUGAAGCGAGGAGCCUCUCAGAUGGAGGUCGAUGAGGAUGGGCAGGACCCUCUCAGUAUCGCUGUUCAGGCAGCCAACCCAGACAUCGUCACAUUAUUGCGGUUAGCCCGGAUGAAUGAGGAGAUGCGAGAAGCGGACGGGCCCUUCGGACAGCCAGAACCCAGUAUACCUGCGAGUCCAUUGAGGGUAAAGCGCAAGAGUUCACGAGCAUCACCACGUGCACUGUCAUCUUUCGGGAGUUUCCGCACAUGGCUUUACAUGCCUCCAAAACACUAACCAGCUGUCCUGCUUAAACCAGACGCCCUCAGAGACUCUAGCAGGACAUGAAGGACUGUGAUGAAGAUUCUACUCAUCUCAAAUAAUAAUAUAUGACAAUAUUUAAAGAAGAACUUGGGGAUGGUGUUCGGUUUUAACAACAUGGAUUGAUUGGGUUUUAGAUUUGGUCCUUUCCUAAGCUUAAGUUUUUGUAGUUCUUUUAUGUUAUUUUAAAAGUUGUCAUCCCUUGUGUGAUCUGGGCAGAGUUAAGCAGCUUUGAUUCCCAGGGUUUGGUUUCCAGGAUUUGCUUCCCAUAUUUAAAGAGAGAUUUAUUCAGAAUUCUUGACGUUUGCGCUAUCUGUGAAUUUUAACUAUGUGAAUAAAAAGUCUAAUUCACAUGGCACCAUUCUGUAUUUUAUCUAUGAGGACAGUGACAUCUAGUGAGCCUAAGCUACACGGGACUGGAUCAAAUAGUUCAAUAAUUAUGUUCUUGAAGGAUAACUUAGAUUUUGAUAUCAACAACUGGAAUAUACACUGG